CUGAUCACGUUUUUUGUUUUGAAUCAAUCAUUUCACACAAUAGAGGUAGAUAUCUCUGAACUUCUUUUUAUUUAAAUCAUUGUUUACCAACUUUAAAUAAAGUAUAGGUCCUCCACUCUUCCCCUCCAACGCCUCAAUGUCGUCGUUUGCUUCUGAAUCUUAGAGCUAUUAAUAGUACAGUACUCAGGUAAGAAGAAUAAAAUGUCUUGCGAUACCACCGACAAUGGCGAUAAGGUGCCGUUAUUAUCCUCCGACAUCCAACGCAAAAAUAGCGAUCCUCUUGUAUACGAGGAACAACUGUCCGAGAAAAACUUGUCACAGAGGUUUUGGAUCGAAUCAAAGAAGCUAUGGCAGAUUGUGGGCCCCGCCAUCUUCAGCCGCAUAGCUUCUUAUUCCAUGUUCAUCAUCACCCUGGCAUUCGCCGGCCAUCUCGGCGAUUUGGAAUUUGCAGCCAUGUCCAUUGGCAGUAAUGUCGUCGUGGGCUUUGAUUUCGGUCUGAUGUUGGGAAUGGCGAGCGCUCUCGAGACGCUAUGCGGGCAAGCAUUCGGGGCGAAGAAGUACAACAUGUUGGGAGUAUAUCUGCAACGGUCGUGGGUGGUUCUAUUAAUAUGUUGUGUUGCGACGAUGCCGCUAUACAUAUAUGCAACGCCAUUACUAAAGCUUUUGGGGCAGCCCGAUGAUGUCUCAGAGCUUUCAGGCGUGGUGGUGAUGGCUUUCAUUCCCCUACACUUCUGCUUCGGGUUACAUUUCCCGCUGCAGAGGUUCUUGCAGAGCCAGCUAAAGAAUUCAGUGAUUGCUUGGGUGAAUUUGGUGGCAUUGAUUGUGCAUUGUCUGGUGAGCUGGUUGAUUGUGUCCCGGUUUAGGCUCGGAGUUGUACCCAUCGCCAUGACCUUGAACUUCUCUUGGUUCGUUAUCUUAUGUGGGAUGUUUGGCUAUGCCAUCUGCGGCGGAUGCCCCCUCACCUGGCCCGGUUUUUCCGUCCAAGCUUUCUCUGGCCUUUGGGAUUUCUUUAAACUCUCGGUUUCUUCAGGAGUUAUGCUUUGCUUGGAGAAUUGGUACUACAGAAUUCUGAUAGUGAUGACAGGCAACUUGAAAAAUGCUGAAGUUGCUGUCGAUGCGUUGUCUAUAUGCAUGAGCAUUAAUGGAUGGGAAGUGAUGAUUCCACUUGGAUUCUUUGCUGGAACUGGAGUGAGGGUGGCAAAUGAGUUGGGAGCCGGGAGUGGAAAAGGAGCUAAAUUCGCUGCAAUCGUAUCUGUGGUACAUUCGACUAUCAUUGGAUUGAUCUUUUGGGUGCUAAUCCUAAUAUUUGACGACAAGUUGGCCCUAAUUUUUUCAUCGAGCAAACCUGUCCUUGAAGCUGUCAGCCACCUCUCAAUUCUCCUAGCAUUCACUAUUCUUCUCAAUAGCAUUCAACCAAUUCUAUCAGGUGUUGCUGUUGGAUCUGGAUGGCAAGCAUAUGUAGCUUACAUAAAUCUUGGAUGCUACUAUUUACUCGGACUCCCUCUUGGCAUUAUAAUGGGAUGGGUGUUUCACCAAGGCGUGAUGGGCAUAUGGGCUGGAAUGAUCUUCGGUGGAACUGCAGUGCAAACUCUAAUAUUGUGUAUAAUCACACUUCGAUGUGAUUGGGAAAAAGAGGCUAAGAAAGCAAAUCAGCACAUUCAGAAGUGGGAAGGAGUGGGUCACAACAAAUUGUAGAAGCUUGGUGCAUGGAAUUAUCAUUGUCACAUGAUAUUACACAUGAUACUACGAUGAAAUUAAAGUCAAACCCAAACACCUCAAAGAUUCAUUGUUGGUCUGACUUUUAACGAUCCAGAUUAUAAUUUGCGGACUCAAAAAAAUAAAAUAUUCAAUUCAGACCAAAGAAAACCACAAAUAUUACCCAUAAUAAAUAUUGAUCCUUUAAUUUUUCUCUAUCAUUCAACAUUGUUAACAAUGGUCGAGUAACAAUGAAACUUUUUACUUUUUAUGGGAAAUCAUGUACUCCAUCC